UGGUAAUGUCAAGAUUCUCGCCGUGAAAUAGUCGCCAUCUUUGCGACUGAGUCGCAUCUCUUAAUUUGGUUCGUUGUAUGUUCCGCGCAGCUUUAUGUAGCGUUAGAGAAAAAAAUUAUUGAAAGUUAGUGUCGAAGUAAAACGGUUCGACGAGACUAGAUAGUGUUCGAGUUGUACCAAGAGUGUAGCUCAGCAAAAGUGGGCGGAACGCAUGGUCUUACGUUCUUUUAGCCUCACUGCAAUACGUGAUAAGAAAAUUUUUGCAUUUGAUAAGUGACACAUCGAAUUCCUGUUACUUGUUCAUGCAGUGACAAUAUAUUAACUUAUAUAAUUUAUCAGUUGAUCAUUUACCGGCGUAUGCUAUUAUAGUGUGUGUUUAUUCAAACAUCGUUUAGUGUAAGAAAAAUGAGUUAUCAACGUAAUGCUAGCAAGAUUAUAGUGCCAGACGAAUUGCGGGACGUUCUGUUAGAGUUCACAAUUAGCUAUCUGUUGGAGCAACCAGUGGAUAUUAUCGACUAUGCCAUAGCUUUUUUCACGCAACUUCGGGAAAGCCGUCAAACUCAGUUGAUUCAAGCCCCUGCGCAGACCACCACUUCUACGCCGGACGAGUCUGUCGAUGAAGAACCACCAAUUACAAAGUUGGCAACAAGAAGGAAAAGCGUUUUCGCGGAAACAUACAAUCCGGAGGAAGAUGAAGAAGAUGAAGGUCUCAAGAUUGUGCAUCCGAAAACUGACGCGCAACGAGAAAGAUUGGCUGACAGCAUAAAACAUAUUCUUCUCUUUCGAUCGCUAGAUGAGGAUCAAAUGACUGAUGUAUUGGAUGCAAUGUUUGAAAAGAUCGUGCAAUCUGGAGAAAUAGUUAUUCGACAAGGUGAUGAUGGUGACAAUUUCUACGUCAUUGAGAGAGGAAAAUUCGAAGUAUAUGUAAAAGAUCAAACAGAAAUGGAAUCCUUGAUACAUACAUACGAUAACCGUGGUGCUUUCGGAGAGCUUGCACUCCUUUAUAAUAUGCCAAGAGCAGCCACUAUCAAGGCCAUCACGAAUGGUACAUUAUGGGCUAUGGAUAGGCAAACUUUUCGACGUAUUUUAUUGAAGUCCGCUUAUAAAAAGCGCAAGAUGUAUGAGGAUCUUAUCAAUAAGGUUCCGAUGCUUAAAUCUCUCGAGCCAUAUGAGCGUAUGAAUCUAGCGGAUGCUCUAGUACCAAAACAUUAUUUAGAUGGCGAUCAAAUCAUCAAACAGGGCGAUACAGCCGAUGGAAUGUAUUUUGUCGAAGACGGUAUCGUUAAGAUUACUAUAAAAGGAGAUGAUGGUCGCGAAAUCGAGAUUAAUAGAGUUCCCGCUGGUGGAUACUUAGGCGAAUUGGCGCUAGUGACACAUAAACCUCGCGCUGCUUCGGCCUACGCUGUGGGCGAAGUAAAACUGGCCUUUUUGGAUGUUGAAGCUUUUGAACGCUUACUUGGGCCUUGCAUGGAACUUAUGAAACGUAAUAUCGAGGAUUAUGAAGAUCAGCUAAUCAAAAUCUUUGGCAGCAAAACUAAUAUUUCAGAUAUUCGAUGAACUAUUUGCGAAUAGUGAUAUAUUGCACUGCUGUACUAAAGAUAUGAUACUUUUGUACAGUAAUGUAAAAUGAGCACAAACUUGUACACCUACUUUAUGAAUCUCAUCCGCGUGUUUUCAAGUAUCAUCUCGAGUCGACUUUCGUAAUGACUAUUUACUUAGACGUGUACCAGUAAGAAUCGUCGUUAAUAGUUACCAAGUUUAUACCUAUGACACACAGUGAAGAGAUAACAAAAAAAAAAAAAAAAAAAAAAAAAAAAAAAAAAAAAAAAACGAGAAAAAUUAUAAUCUCGACUGAUUCAUAUCUGCAAUAUAGUACUGAAGUGAAUUUUUCAAGACUGUAUCAGAUCAAGAAGUAUUAGCCUAUCUUGUCAUGUGCUCGAAAUGUUUACAAGAUAGAAAUCUGAAUAUUAAAUAAGAUUUUUAUUGAAUUAUUCAUAAAAAAAAAAAAAUAGAGAAUAAUGCGAUAUAUCGAAAAACUUACAGAGUUUCUAAAUAAUAUACUUUUAUGUCAUUCUUAUACUUAAUAUUUUAGCAACUGUAUUCCAUUUUACUGAAAAUAUAAAGAAUCAAUGAAUUAAAUUAUUUUCUAUAUUUCGAUAAUUAUUAUCAAUUAUAUUUCAGAGAUUAAGAUACUUUUAGAGUAUCUUGUGUUUGUUCACAAAGUAACAUUUUUAUCGAUAACUUAUUGAAAUAUUAACUUGCUUAUGAAAUUAGAUAUUGAAAAUAGCAUAUAUAUAAUAAAAAAUCCUAAUCAUGAAUGUAUUUUUAUCAUGAUGAUAAAAAAAACAUAAAUAUUAUAUUAGGAAAAUUAAAAAUAUAAAAUGGCAAAGAGCACAAUAGACAAGUUAGAACAAUUACCAGUAUCUACAAGAUUUUUAAAUGCAAAAUAACUAUUUUCUAUAAGAAUGUGUGACAUUUAAGUUUAUCUCUAAAAAAAAAGAGAAUGGGAGAAAUAUCUUUUCAGUUUUUAAAUAUUUCGUCUAACAAUCUCUCUCUCUCUUACAUACACACAUAUAUAUUUAAUAAAACUAUUUUUCUAAUUCAUG